UCGUGUCUUAGUUUUACAUACCAUGUUAUAUAUGUUGCACAAUAAAGUUGACACGAUACUAAAUGAUGUAUUCACUUUUUGUUCUGAAUAAGACAAAAACUUGAACAUGACGUAUUAAAAUGCUAUUCCAACUGUUGUUUAUAUGUGGAUCAGUUUUCCUUGUUAAAGGACAAACCCAAAUCAGUUUAGCCGGUAACGGAUCGACAUUGUAUCAAGGUCGCGUUGAAAUCACAAGAAACAACAUCAAAGGAACUGUAUGUAAAAAUAGCUUCGACGAUCUUGCGGCUUCAGUUGUUUGCAGACAACUAGGUUUUCAAAAUGGUGGUGUAGCUGUAAUUGAUGGGCGGUUUGGAGAAGGGACUGGACCUAUAUUGCUAGAUAAUGUUAUUUGUACUGGAGCUGAACAAGACAUUUUAGAGUGUUCAUAUCAGAACCAGUCAAAUUGUGUACACAGCGAUGACGUCGGUGUGAUCUGUAAUGCAACAUCUCCCACCUCGAUCUCGACGACUAGCGUGCCUAUAACUGUACAACCAUCAAACUGUGGUACACCAGGUAAUCUUGACAUACGUCUAGUCGGACCAGCAAAUUUAAUCGGAGUCGGAUAUGUAGAAGUACUGAGAAACGGUGUAUGGGGAUCGAUAUGUGACGACCUCUGGGGGAAACAAGAUGCUCGGGUUGUGUGUCAAAUGUUAUGCUAUGAUCCUAACAAUGCUCAAGCAGGUGCACCUAUAGAUAUUGACCAUGCCAAAGUUCAGGUUAGCACAACUUAUCAUCUCGAUGAUGUAGAAUGUACCGGUACAGAAACGAACAUAAACCAAUGCCCGCAAUCUGGCGGAAAUCACAACUGUGACGCCAUACAACAGGAGUAUGCCAGCGUUACUUGUAUACCACUUAUAAAUACACGACUAACCGCACCGAUUCCCGAGAUGAGUUGUGCCAAUGGAAAUUUCAAUAUUCAGUUUAGUCGGAUACAAGAUCCCCAUUUGGAAGAGAGGCAUUUGACCAUUUAUCACCCUUAUAACGGACCAUGCAAUAUGGCAAAACAAACUUUCACUACCUUUAUAACAGUUACCAUACCUUAUAAAGAUUGUGGAACAGCCGUAAUUCUUAAUACCACUAACAUUAUUUACCUCAACACUAUAAAAUAUGACUACACACUGGUGCAGAACGAGAUAGGAGGGCAGAUUGUCCGUGUAAACACCUACAAAGUCGAGGUUUGUUGUAUUUUCCCACGUGAUCUUGAAAUAAACAGAGGAUUUACUCCCCUUCCAGAGAGCGUUAAGAAGAAAGCACCAGGAAAUUUCAGUAUAAUAAUGACAUUGUACAAUGAUUCGUUUAUCACUUCCUUAAAUCAACCAGUGGAAUUAAUACUUGGUGAAUGGUUGAAUGUUGCAUUGAAACUGGAAGAUACAGAGGGCCAUCCCGAUCUUAAGCUUAUAGUACCAGACUGUAAAGCGACACCAUCCGACCAGCCAAAUGACCCAACAUAUUAUACCUUAUUUAGCGAAAAGUGUGCUGACGAUCCAACUCUAGGCUUCUUUCCUUUGAAUUCUACUACGUUUGGAUUCCGCUAUCAGACAUUUAAAUUUUAUCAGUACGAAAACAUUUACAUUCAUUGUAACGCUUGGGUAUGUCUAACGACAGAGAAAAACCGCGACUGUGAUCGAACCUGUAACUUGACAAACUCUAUCGGUAGGAGAAAGCGAGAUGUUUCCUCCAGAGAUGUGUACCAGUUGCUUAGUCAGCCACUAAACUUUAAGCAACAAGGAGAUAAUUCACUGAUAGAUCGAGGAGGUGGAUGGCAAGUCGAUUUAGCUACAACACAACGACCAUCUACGUUAAGUGUCACCUCAGCCAUAAAUAUGCGUUCGACAAAACCAUCAGCACCUGUAUCAACAGUAAACCCAACUGGAACAACUAGUCAAUAUAUAAAAGUUAUAGAUGUAGGAUCAUCGACAACAAGUGCUUCUUCUGUUACAGAAUCAGCGACGAUGAAAAGGACACCCCCACCAUCCCCACCAACUAAAUCACAAACAACAGUGCAGGCACAGUCGACAACAAAACAACAGGUGUCUGGAUUACCACCAACUCGGAAUGGUUUGACCUCUGCAAUUCCAAACAAUGUUCAAGUGAAAACUUCAACAUUUUCUCCGUCUAAUAGUCCUUUCAAAAUGAACAAUUCUACUGUUAUACUGCAUACAACUUCAACAACUAAAUCAAUGGUUUCUGGCUCACCAACAUCUCUGAAUGGUUUCAAUUUGACAACCGGAAAGCAGACGAUUCAACACAAUGUUAAAACAAAAACUUCAACACUUUCCCCGUUUAAUAGUCCAACCAAGAUGGAUUCCAGUGUAACAACGCAAGUGAAACGAACCCCUGGCAAUAUAAAGCAUGAUCCUGAACCUAACAAACUUUAUGCCGGCAGUUUAGGUGGAAAGUUUACUAUUUUGUCUGAAGCUUCGAGGCUGCAUGUGUCUAUUUCUGCUGUGAUAUCUUCAAUAGUAUGCGGGUUAUUUUUAGUAUUGCGUUAAGGAUGAACAGAUGUUUGUUGUUGGUAAUUUAAGUCAAAUAUUAGAACAUAUAAUUUUUAGAAAAAUUUGACAAAUCAUACAUUUUUAGUGCCUUGAUGAAAACAUGAAAGAUGUAUUUGUAAAUUAUUUGUUCUGUGAAUAUGAGGUUACUCUUAUGUCUGAAAAAUUAUAAAACGUUCCCUUUUUCAUUCUCAGAUUUCAUUGUUAAUUCAUGUGCUUAUGAUAUUACAAUAUUACAUUAUCAAUUACAAAAGGAACGAAAACAACUUUCAAAAUUUAAGUUUCGUAAAAGACUUGACAGUCUUUCAGAUAUUAGGAAACAUGUCUAACAAUGUAUUUAUUUCAUCUUCGUCGAAGACUGUAUUUAUAUGAUUUUUACUAUCGCAAACAGUUAAUCUAACUCAUUGUUUGGAAAUGUGUUAUUUCUAUUUCAAAGCUAACUUGGGGUGAAAAUGUAUCUCAUUGGAAAGUAAUAAUUUAAUUAUAUAAUUAAUUAAUUAGGUAAGUUUUAUCAUAACAUUAUAAAUUUCCAUCAUUGAACUAAUAUUUGCUGUGCAAUGCUUUUUUUUACAAUAAAAUGAAACUCUGAGCAAUUA